AUGACUCCCGCACAGGACAUCGCCGGCAGCGGCAUCAGCCAACUCGCACGUCAAGUGUCGAACAGCCUCAACCUUAGCACCAGCCCAAACCUCUCCUUCCACAGCCCGCCCUCCACAUUCCGGCAACCACCGACCCCGGGCAGCGUCAGCAAUCAAGCCAACAGCUUGCACGCGCAACAACUCGCCAAGCAGUUGAAGCCGUUCGAUACUAAGGACAUCAAGGUCCUACUGCUCGAGAAUGUCAACGAAGCCGGUGUCGAUAUCCUCAGGGGCCAGGGAUACCAGGUCGAGGCAAUCAAGGCCAGUCUGGGAGAGGACCAGCUGAUUGAGAAGAUUCGCGAUGUUCACGUCAUUGGUAUUCGCUCAAAGACGAAGCUCACCAAGAAGGUGCUGGAGGAGGCAAAGCACCUCAUCGUCAUCGGCUGCUUCUGUAUCGGAACGAACCAGGUCGACCUCCAAACUGCCGCCAGCCAGGGUAUCGCCGUCUUCAACUCGCCCUUCAGCAACUCGCGCUCUGUCGCCGAACUCGUCAUCUCGGAGAUCAUCGCGCUCGCCCGUCAGCUCGCUGACCGCUCCAUGGAACUACACAAUGGCACAUGGAACAAGGUCAGCAAAGGCUGCUGGGAGAUUCGCGGAAAGACGCUGGGUAUAGUCGGUUACGGACACAUUGGUAGCCAAUUGAGUGUGUUGGCCGAGUCCAUGGGCAUGAGCGUCAUCUACUACGACGUCCUGACCACCAUGGGUCUGGGAACUGCGCGACAAGUAGCGACGCUGGACGACCUCCUCGCACAAGCCGACUUUGUUUCCCUUCACGUUCCAGCUACCUCUGAAACUAAGAACCUGAUUGGCAAGGCAGAGUUCGCAAAGAUGAAGGACGGUAGCUAUCUCAUCAACAACGCCCGUGGUACUGUUGUCGACAUCCCCGCCAUGAUCGAAGCCAGCCGCUCUGGUAAGCUUGCUGGUGCCGCCAUCGACGUCUUCCCCAACGAACCCGCCGGCAACGGCGACUACUUCACCAGCGACCUAAACUCCUGGACCAAGGACCUUGUCGGCCUGAAGAACAUCAUCCUCACUCCCCACAUCGGUGGCAGCACCGAGGAAGCGCAAUCCGCCAUCGGUGUCGAAGUCAGCACAGCACUCGUCCGCUACGUCAACGAGGGUACUACACUCGGUGCCGUCAACCUACCAGAAGUCAACCUGAGAAGCUUGACUCUCGACCAACCAGACUGCAUGCGUGUCAUCUACAUCCAUAAGAACGUACCCGGUGUGUUGAGACAAGUCAACGGUAUCCUUCUCCACCACAACAUUGAGAAGCAAAUGUCCGAUUCAAGAGGCGAUGUCGCGUACCUCAUGGCAGAUAUCAGUGAAGUCAAGGAGGGUGAAAUCAGAGAUUUGUUCACGAGCUUGGAGGAGCUUUCUUCAUGUAUCCGUACCAGGGUCUUGUACUAG